AUUAUGGCUGAAAAAGCUUAAGAUCUAAGGAUUACAUUAUUUUAUAUUUCUUUUUAGAUGAAUCGGUUUUUACUACUUUCCUCCAUACCCCCAACAGGUGUCGCUCUGCUGCAGGUAACCCACGGGAAAAUGCGCGCCCUCAACCCCAUCAUCUCCACACUACUACUGGUGUUGCUGAUGACGACCCCAGCAUACUUGGCCAAGAAGGUGAAGCAAGGAUGUGCAGUAGGGAGGAAGAUUCACCCUCCAGGUAAGGUAGUGCUGAAGGAUCGUGCGCACUGCCUCGCUCUCAAGUGCUACAAGAGAGGCAAGGAGUUUAUUGUCAAGCCUACAUUACUAAAGAACUGUGAAUGUGCCUCCCUGUGUAGCGAUGGCCGUUGUACCCCAGCAGAGCCAGUGGUGCCAGUGGAGAGAGUGGUGCCGUGCCCCAAGUGCGACACGGCAGAGGACUUUGUAUGUGGCACCAACGACAUAACCUACACUAAUCCGUGUAUACUGACGGCCUCUACACCUCCCUGCGGCCCCGACAAAGCUUCCCUUCAGUACUACGGUGCCUGUGGUGAGUGUCCCAGGGGCUGCCCGAAGGUUAUAGAACCUGUGUGUGGCAGCAACGGCGUCACCUACAACAACACUUGCCUCCUCAAUGCCGCCACCGCCUGCCUCAACUCCAGCAUCACUUUAUUGUCCGAGGGUAUUUGUGGAGGGGAAAGAGAGACAGAUUGCCGGGCGUGUCCCAAAAUAGCGAGGCCGGUGUGUGGGACGGACGAUAAGACCUAUCCAAAUCUCUGUAUGCUGGAGAACGUGUCGCUGUGUACGUCUGUCAAUGUCUACUUGGCUCAUCUUGGCUUCUGUGAUAAUAACAAGAUCAAAGCUCAGAGAGCAUGUUUGUUCAACGGGGACAAAUACGCAGUGGGUGACGUCAUCGCUGACCUACCUAGGCACUGUGCAACACUCACCUGCGGGGUCAACGCCAAAGGUCGACCUAAGCUGACCGUGAAGAGCAAAGAUCAGGAUGCCAGUGUAUAAGCUUCUUAAGGAACGAACAGAAGGAAGGAAGGAACAGUGCUUCAAGGAGCAUUGUCGAGGUCAUUACAUAACUCCACUAGUUUUGGACGAAUAUCUUCAACAAAUCUUAAAACAUAGAGAAAAGUUGCUGGUCUAUA